CACUCUCCACUCAUCCGAAACCCCUUUAUCAUCAUCACUCUCCUCCUCUCCACCACUCCCACACCCACCUCCAUUCCGUCAGCCAUGGAAUCAGCAAAGAUCAAAGAAGAAGAAGAUUUGGGGAGUUCUAUCAGAAGCUUCUAGGAUGGGCAGUACGCAUGGAGUGAGAGAUUGGCGGCGGAGAUAGUCGGCAGCAGUCGGCAGCGAGAUGUUCAGUCCAGUAGCACCAAUGUGCCUCGUACUGAGAUUAAAAUGGAAAUGGAAGAACUGAACCAUGCGUUGGCAGCACCGCAUGUUUCAACGCUGGCGGAGAUGACUGUACAGGGAUUCUUGCUAGCGGCUGAACGUGAGAAGAAAAGACAGAGAGAUGUUUUGGCAGGUUGUACCAAGCAAGCAAGUGCCGCUGCACCCGCUGUUGAUUCAUCUCUCCAUGGACUUGCAUGUUCUCCUGCUGCUCCUGCUGCAGUGCUUCAUUGUUCUGCUUCAGCUCGUCAUGCUUCACCAGAACUCCCAGAACGACCUCACAACAAGCUGCUGAAGAACCUGUAUUCAGACAAGACGGUGGUUGUGGGUAUUCUCGGGGCACACAGGAGUGAGUACAGGGGUAGGGUCCGUCCCUUGAAAAGUGGGCAUGUUCAUGAUGUUCAUACUCCUAGUCGUUUUAUGGUUCAGAUAGAUUUAGAUCAGAAUCUUCAAUUGUUCGUGCUGCCGAAAGGAGUCGAGAAAUUCUUCAAGGGCACAGUCCCUCAGUGCAUAAAGUUGCGCACAAGCAUCAUUGUCACUGGAACGUACAUUUGAGCCACUACGAGGAGAAACUGGUCUUCAAUAAUGCCGAAGCUGGUUGGUGGAAGUUUGCAGAUCACCAUGAUCUCAGGAAUGGUGACAUCCUCACCUUGACAGUGGUUGAUGCGAACAAGCUGGAUGUGAAGAUCUACAUUGCAAUGGACUCGAUGUAGAAGAAUAUGGAGUGCCAUGAGCACAAAUAGUUUGCUAUCUUGCCUCGUACAUGGUGAAGUGAAGUUUACUGUCAGCAGUGAUAAAAUGAUCUUUUGUGUUCACCACCUGCAAUGAUUCAGUGAUCUUUAGAACUAUGUUGGUCUGUUACCUUACCUUUUGGUUUUAUCAUGAACUAUGUUGGUCUGCUACCUUACCUUUUGUUUGUAUCAUGAGCCUGUCCCUAAAUCUAUUUAAGAGUCUAACUAUAUAUUCUCAUCUUUGGUCAAA